UGUGACGAAAGACCUUCAAAGGCAGAGAAACAUCUAAAAUAUGGGGAGUGACUUACUUCAGGACAAAACUAUAAAACCCCAGCUUUGCUUAUCAGGCAGUGGGACAGAGAGAACAAUGCGCAUCUACAGAGCAAAUCGAAUAAGGCUCAGAUGAAAGUCCUCUGUGUCAACUUGUCAAGGUUUCACAUCAUUUUAAUGAUGAACAUGGGAUUCAAUGAGAAAGAUCAUGUAGUGUUUUUCCUUCCACUUUCCACAAUUUCUGAAACUGCUUCCGGAGAACUUUCUGGAAAAAUCUCAGCAGAUUUCUAACUGCAGGUAGAGGCAAGGAGCACCAUCAGUCCAAAGAGACACGGGGGUAAGAAAGGAGAAGAAGAACUCCGGGCUGGGGGAACCAUGAAGGGACGCUACCUGCGAAGCUGUCCGAUAUUCAGAUUGCUGGUACUGGGUUCGGCUGCUUGCGGCUUCUUCUGGUUUUCCUUGGUAUUUUUCAGUAAGUCUGGAACAGAAGAAAACUCCCAGUCACAUCUGAAGAAAACUGCCCCUGUUCUGAUGCCCCAGAUCUGCAGGGAGAAGACAACUGAAAAUAUUAUGAAGGUUUAUUCUCAGGACUGGAUAAAGCAGGAAGAUUACAUCACCCUGCUGAGGUCUGAGCUGAACAACAAGUGCAAUGGAGUCGUCAACGCUAUUGUCACACAGAGCAACUCGCCACUGGGGUCGAACAUCACGUACGAUGCUGAGAAAAGAAUUACCAAGGUGACCCCUAAGCUGUUUGACACCUUCGUGAAGGAUUCACCGUUUGUAAAUAAGACAUUCAAGACGUGUUCGGUGGUGGGAAACGGUGGUGUCCUGGUCAACAGCAGCUGUGGAGAGGAGAUCGACUCGGCCCAGUUUGUCAUCAGGUGUAACCUCGCUCCUGUGGGCAGUGGCUACCAAAGAGACGUUGGCACUAAGACGAACUUGGUAACAUCCAAUCCUAGCAUCCUCUUCAAUAAGUUUGGAUCCUUGAUGGAGCUCCGGCGCCCCUUUGUAGAGCGGCUGGGCACCUUUGGAGACUCCCUGCUUCUGUUUCCCACCUUUUCUCUAAUACAAAACACGGCCGUCUCUUUGCGCGCCCUCUACACAGUGCAGGACUUCAGAAGCCCGGCCCAGCCCGUCUUCAUGAACCCAGAAUACAUACGGAACCUGGCCCGGUUCUGGGAGACCAGGGGCCUGAAGAAGCGCCUCAGCACCGGGAUAAUGAUGGUCAGCCUGGCACUGGAGCUGUGUGAUGAAGUGAAUCUCUACGGCUUCUGGCCCUACCCCCAGCACCCACGGGACUGCCGGUCCCUCACCAACCACUACUAUGAUGACAUGAAGGCGAAAAGUGUACACGCCAUGCCUGUUGAGUUUAACCGCCUCCUACAGCUCCACACCUUGGGUGUGAUCCGGCUUCAUCUGGGGGAUUGUUCACCAAGACCCAAACAGACUCAUCUCUCAUUCUUUCUGUAGUUGAGGUGAACAUCAGACAUGUGAAUCCAGAGCUUAACUAUAACUUUUGAUUCAAUAUGAAGGCUGUAGAUGUUAAUAUUUUAUUCAGGAAGGAAAGUUGACUUUCUUGUACAGACACAGUCAAUUUUAUUUGCUAGGGAAAAUAACCUCUGGUUGUGAAGUACCAACAGGCUGCUAAAACAUUUCGAGGCAUACUAACCAUCCCAGAUCAAUGGGAUGUCUGAAGCUAACUAUCGUCCAUACUGUGCAAUCUCGUUGCUGAGGAAAGAACUGCCAAAGUGACUCCUAAGCUGUUUGACACCUUUGCGAAGGUACAAAUUGGCACUGGAAAAACCCAUAAAUCGCUAGUUUUGUGACUGUAUUUAUAUGUGCUAAUAUCUCAGGAGAGUUUCUCACUAUGUACCCUGUAGGAUUCACCGUUUCUAAAUAAGACAUUCAAGACGUGUUCGGUGGUGGGAAACGGUGGUGUCCUGGUAAACGGCAGCUGUGGUGUGGAAGUAAAAUUGGUCAUUGGCAGGCCUGGGAGGUUGUCAUAUUGGGUCUGUUAUGUCUUAGGCCUUAGGCAAGAAGAGAUUGUUUUGAAUACUGUGUGACCUCGCUUCGCGAUAGCUGCCUGCAGUAAGUUCCGCAGACCCAGAGGAAAGCUCGGACCUUGGAGAGGCAGACAGCGGAACAAAAGGGGGGGGAGAAACCACCUGCAGGAGGAGAUUCGAAGCUGCCCCAACUGGUGCACAGCGAUUUACAGCUUUAUAAAAUAGUUGUGGCAGACAAUAUAUAGCAAGCUAUGCGGUAGUGCAAAUGUAUAAGUAAUUAUGUUAAUCAUAUUAAUCAUAUGUUAACCAUGUAUUUGCAGUGAUUCAAUGACAAUAUGUCAAUACGUUAAUCAUUAAUCAAAGGACAACCAAGUAUUUACAGUGAUUCAAUGUCAUGUAAUCAAUAUCUAUAUUCAUCUCUCAAGUAGGAGCCUAGCAGUCGAGACAUGUUCUGGUAAACUGAGCAAAAUGGGUGGAUUUUACCUUGCCACCAAGGUGAACCAAUAGAGUAGGAGAAUUGCGUUUGUUAUACGCUUGAGCUCGGUUUGUUGGUGUUUUUUUGACCAAUCAGGAUUUAGAAGUCCUUAUUGGGAAUUGGGAGUUAUGUUUUAUCAGCUGGUUGCUCUGUGUGCUCGGGGUGACUUGGUACCAAGUGCCAGAGUGUGACGGGAGCGCUUUGCUGAAUUGCUAGAAUAAACGACUCGGCCCAGUUUGUCAUCAAGAAUUUGGGGAUUCCUAGGACGCAACAUAAUGCGACACAAUGACAAAGUGUGAAAUGUCUGGAAAUUUAACUUUUUCAAGUAAAGAUUUCAUUGCCCUUCAUAAUAGAAAACACAUCACUGAUGAACCUUGAGAUGAUUCAUCUGGAUUGCUCUUCUAGAUGCACUUCAUAGCUUGGGGUCUAAAUGUAAUUGUCCACAAAUAAUAGCCGUCUUUUUCUCUG